GUCACGAACAAAUCAGCGUUCCAACUUUUUGUACUAAGUAAAAUGGCCAUUCAUGUUUAUCACUCGAUAACGAAAUGAUCAUAUACUAACUUGUCUACUUCUGCGUUGAUAUAUUUGUGAUUGUUCAAACCUCAUUACGGCCAAAGACGCAAUAGAGAAGAUGAGGAUUUCACGAGUUCAAUGGUGAAUGAUGCCAUGAUAUAUGUAAAAAGAUUAUGAUACAAACCAUAAGGACCUGUGUAAUUGGUCUCUGUUGUAUGAUCCUUAAUUCAAUUUUGAGAUCGAAUCAUCAAGGAUGGCAAAGAGCAUACUGAACUUAUGAAUAUCUAAAAGAAAGGAAUCCCAUUAACGUCAGAUUAAGAAAAUAGUCAUAUUUUUAUUCUAAUUCCCACCAAUAUUUUUGUUGUUUUCCCCUUGGAUUUUCGAAUUACUAAAUUAGUUAAUAUGUUGAGUUAAGGUUCAUUGUCAUCCAAAUUUGAUUGUUUAUAAAUCAUAUGAUAGAUACAAAUACUUGAAGAUUAUCAAAAGAAAGUAAUCAUUUAACUUCCUGGAGCGUUAAGAAAUGCUAGGUGAUACUCUAAGAAAUUAUUGUAAGGUAACAUAAGUAUCCUCCUAAAUGAAUUGUUCACUUGUGUGUAUGAAUUUGAUUGUUCCUGUAAACUAAAACUCAACAAGUUGAUGAUCCCUAUAACUUUAAUGACCAUGUCGUGAAUAAUAAUAACUGUGGAACCAACUUGAUAGUAGCCCAUAAUUAAGUGACCAUUCGUUCAUUUCGGCCAGCAAACAAAUAAUUAUCAAUUAAACAAUUCGCCGGCGGAAGACUUCUCCCUUCCUUCCUUCCUCUUCUCCCUCCCUCGCUAUUUUUUGUGUUUCUGUUUGGACUUUGGACAUCCGAAGCCAAGGAGCCAAACAACGACUUCCCACUACGACCCCACCUUCCUCCCCUCUUCUCUCUCCUCCUCCUUCUUCUUCUUCUUCUUCCCCUCCUUGGCCUGCCAUCUUCUGCUUCUCCAGAUCUUAACAGCCUGUCCCUCUUCAGCUUCCCAAGUUCGGAUCUUGGCCAAUUUGGAGAUCUACUGUCGAACGCAAACCCAGCUCACUGAUUGACUCAUUGAUUUCCUCUCCUCUCCUCCCUCUUAGGUACUCACCAGAUUUCUGAUUGCUGUUGAUUUCUCAUCUCUGCUAUCUCAAUUGGGUUUCUUCAGUGACAACUGGCAGUGAGUGAGACUGCUGCUUCGUUGAGCUUCGAUAACGUAAUUUCUAGAUUAAAGCUUUUGCAUUUCUUGGGAUAUCCGAGAACGGGGUUUCGUAGCUUUCGUUUGAGUGUUAAUGGGUAUUUGGGUUCUGUUUGACUUUGGGGCUAAACAGUUGGUGGAACACUGGGGAAAUUUGGUUCUCUUUAGUUGGCCGAAUUCUUGACCUGAAAUCAAAGCCUUCUGCUACCUAAUAGAAUCUACUGUUGUCCUUUUUCUGUUGCUUUAGGUUUCUUGAUUCAGCGAAUAAAGUCUCCUCAUUUAUUGGGUUUGGCCUGAAAGUGUUUGUUUGGUUGAUUUGAAGGAUCUAAAUAGAUACCACUUUUGCUUUAUAUUCCCAGGAUAUACUGCUGAUUGAAAGGGGGCUGCUUCUCUUCGUGGGCAAUCCUUGAGUUCCCUCUGCGUCAAGUUUUUGGCGUUCAUUUUCUGAUAUAAAUGCCCUGCGGUGGGGUUUGAUUAUGAAGGGAGGAGCUCAAGGGUGGCGUUUAGGAAUGGGUGAUGUACAGAUCUUCCCUGGACCUCGCCACCGUGCUCCAUUGAAGAGGCCCGUAUGGAUCAUUGUCUUGGUUUGUAUGGUCAGCUUGUUCCUAGUUUGUGCCUACGUUUAUCCACCUCAGAGCGGCACAGCUUGUUAUCUCUUCUCUUCCAGAGGCUGCAAGGCUUUAUCGGAUUGGCUUCCACCUGCUCCAGCUAGGGAAUUUACUGACAGUGAGAUAGCUUCACAGGUUGUGAUUAGGGAGAUCUUGCGUUCCCCUCCUGUCAAAUCUAAAACUUCUAAGAUCGCUUUCAUGUUCUUGACUCCUGGUCAACUGCCUUUUGAGAAGUUGUGGGAGAAGUUCUUCAAUGGCCAUGAAGGGAAGUUUUCUGUUUAUGUCCAUGCCUCCAACAAUAAACCAGUGCAUGUGAGCCGGUAUUUUGUUAAUCGGGACAUACGCAGCGAACAGGUGAUAUGGGGGAAGAUAUCGAUGAUAGAUGCUGAGAGACGCCUUUUAGCCAAUGCUAUGCAAGAUCCUGACAAUCAGCAUUUUGUUUUGCUUUCUGAUAGCUGUAUACCAUUGCACAAGUUUGACUAUGUCUACAACUACCUGCUGUAUACAAAUGUCAGCUUCCUUGACUGUUUUUAUGAUCCUGGUCCGCAUGGCAAUGGCAGAUAUUCAGAGCAUAUGUUACCUGAAGUUGAUAUAAAAGAUUUCAGAAAAGGUGCACAGUGGUUCUCAAUGAAGCGGCAGCAUGCUAUGAUAGUUUUGGCUGAUAGUCUUUACUACUCAAAAUUCCGUGACUACUGCAAGCAUGGCAUGGAUGGAGGGAAGAAUUGCAUUGCUGAUGAGCACUAUCUGCCAACCUUUUUCCAUAUGAUUGAUCCUCAGGGAAUUGCAAACUGGUCAGUAACACAUGUUGAUUGGUCUGAGAGAAAGUGGCAUCCUAAGUCGUACACAGCUCACGAUGUCACACGUGAACUUAUAAAGAAUCUUACGUCGAUUGAUGUCAGUGUACAUGUAACGAGUGAGGAAAAGAGUUUGGAUGUGGACGAGCAGCCAUGCAUAUGGAACGGGAUUCAAAGGCCGUGCUACUUGUUUGCAAGGAAAUUCCAUGCAGAGACUCUCGAUAAUCUGCUGCAACUCUUCUCCUCCAACUAUACAACCAGCUGAGUGACAUAGUUUUGACUCCUUUAGAAGAAUUCUUUGGUUGGAUGAAUCAAUGGUUGCUUUGAAAAUUGAGACACCCCCAUCAAAAGAAAAGAAAAAAGACUUGCGUAUCUUAAAAAAAAAAAAAAAAGGAUCUCUAACUCUAAGUCAGCCCUUCCCUAUGAAAAGCAGUGGUUGGAUUUCUUGAUUCAUAUUAUGCUAAGGGGAGGAUAGUGAGGAGGAAUAUAGUUGAGAGUUAUUGUUGAGAAGGCAAUGGCAAUGGGGGUGGCUAACAGAGUGUUUGGGUGGGGGUAGAAAUAUAUGGGGAAAAUUGGGCGCAGGCUUUAUUUGUUCUCCAUUUGGGGCUAUGGACCUUUUCCUAAAUUGGGGGGUAUAGUUAAUUUUUUCCCCCAAGGGGGGUACUUGAAAUUUGACCUUAAGGCUUAGUGUUUUGGAUCUUCUUCUCUUGUUUCUUUUCUUGGUUUUAUUGUAAAAGUUGGAAACGAACAGUUGUUUGUGAAGUUGGAAAUACAAGAGUUGGGACUAGCCCCCCCUUGAUUUUUUUUGGUAAGGAAAUAUCAGUUCAGCAGCAGCCUUUAGUACAUGAGUUGCGUGCGAUGAUCUGCUGCUACUGUUUUGUUGUUUACUUCCAUCUUCUGAGCAUUAUCAGUUAGUUGAUGUUGAAUGAUAUAGCGUUGCCAUUUCAACCUAGUAAGGGAAGUUAUUGGUUUGAUGUGCUAGGGCAGAAGUAGAAACGACGUGAUUGAUGUGGUUACGAUUGAAGUGAGUUUGGUUUGGAGAUGCAGUUGCAUGAAAAAUAAAGUUCAGUAUCCUAUGCGAUGCAUGUCAAUAAGUUGGGUGAUCAUAUCGGGUAUUUAACCCGCUUGUACCAUUGGAUGGGGGACACGUUGGUCCUUGUAUUUUGGGACACUUUUGUUUUGUUUGUAUGAAUAGCCAGCCACUCCUUGUCGUGUCAUCCUUUGAUUUAACACCCUUGGCCCCUGAACUCUUGGCUGUGUUCAACUUCAACCACCCAUUUCAUUCAAUUAAGUUAUGGUCCUCCAGUUUAUUGUUAGGAUAGAAGACCCACUCUAUCAAUGACUCAGAUCUCUUCAAAAUAGAAAUUAGAUUCCAUCUUCCAUGCACAUGUUAAAUAUGUGUGGUGCAGACAUAAGCACAGUGGAAAUUGAAGUUGUUUGUAAACGUGUGCUUUUUUUUUUACCUUUGGAUUGGCCAGUCAACCCGCUUGAUACAUAUAGGCCCCGCCCCAGUGGUUGUUAGGUUUCAUUAGAAUGGAAUGGACAGAAGCAACAGAAGACAAGCAAUAGGCCACGUUCACAACUACUUGCUUUUCGUGACAUAUCAUGUAUGAAAACAAGGAAAAUCGACUCUAUAAGAUAGAUACCACAUGCAUGCAUUAAUUGAAGAGUGUGUUAUUAUGAUACUAAUUAAGCUAAAGCUAAUUUAUGUUUCAGCUCUCAACUCAUAAAAUGGAUUCGUAAUAUAAAAACAUAAAUAACAAUAAUCAAGAUAAUUGAAACAUUUGAUUCCCCCAGAAAAUAUAUAUCUCAAAUUAGGAUUCCAUGAUUUCCGAUUAGGCCGGCCUUCUUCAAAAACACUAUUCUAUUCCUACCCUUUACUCCUUCCUAAGAAAACAACAUAGUACCU